CCCUUCUCCCUUCUCCCUUCUCCCUUCUCCCUUCUCCCUUACAACCCCCAGACGACUUUCCUCCCAGUCCUCAUACCUCACACCUCUUACCUCUUACCUCUUUCUCCCUCCUUCCUCCUUCCUCCUUCCUCCUCCCUCUCCUGCGCAUCUCCCGCUGCUAUCAAUUCUAUAGUGAACAGCGUUUGGCAUUGUUACUUCCCUUUUCCCCUUUACGAGAAAGAAAGGUCGCUCUCGGGCAUCUUAUACACCGAACCCUUGGAAAACGUUUGGUUCUUCUCGACGCCAGGAAAGAAAUCACUGUUUUACAACCAUAAAAGAUGUCCAUAGCUCUGCCUACUCCCCAGCAGGGGAACCUCGACAGAUACGUCGUCGUCCACGUUGCAACAACCUGCGAUGAGCACGGCGUAUACGUUACCAAGGACUCGGCCGAGGUCAUUGAGCUGGGUUGGAUUCUCCUGGAUGCCAAGAACUGCGACGAGCUAUACCGCGAGAGUGUGCUCGUCAAGCCGAUCAACACCCCGAUCACCCCCCUCUGCACCAGCCUGACAACAUUGACGUGGGAGCACGUCCGCAAUGCAGGCACUUUCCGCGAUGCGAUCACCCGCUUCGAUGCAUUCGCCUCCGAGCACUUGACCUCCAAGAACCUCGAUUUCUCGUUCGUCACCCUCGACUCGUGGGACCUCCGCGUCCAGCUUCCCCGUGAGGCCCGCGACAAGGCCGUCGUCCUGCCGCCGUACCUCCAACAUUCCCGCACAUUCGACCUCCGCACCGAGUACCAGCGAUGGCAGCAACACCACCCCGAAUCCCUCCCGUUCGGGCCAUCCAUGCUCUCCAACAUCUGCGCCGCGCUCGAGGUUGAGCCCGUCGCCGCCAGCGCGCCCAUCAAGCACAACCUGCCGUUCCACCUGCAGGCCCUGGCACCCGCUUCUCCCCGCCGCGCCAUGGAGGAGGCCGUCACCCUCGCGCGUGUCCUCCGUGGGCUGAUCAACAAGUCCCAGCCGGCCCACGAACACCCCGACGUGCUCACCCGUCCCAUGGACGCUCGUGCUGACGUGCGGGCUUUCCUGUCGGAGCGCAGCAAGGUCCUGCACAUGGCUGGCCUGCCCCACGACACCACGCAGUCGGAGCUCGAGAGCUGGUUCACGCAAUUCGGCGGCCGCCCGAUUGCCUUCUGGACGCUGCGCACUCCUGACCAGCACAAGCCCACGGGCUCCGGCUUCGCCGUCUUCUCGUCCCACGAAGAGGCCGCCGAAUCCCUCUGCAUGAACGGCCGCGCCCUCAACGAGAAGGCAAUCGAGGUCUCCCCCUCCUCCAGCCGCGUCCUCGACCGCGCCGCCGAGAUCCUCACCCCCUUCCCGCCCAGCAAGAACCGCCCCCGCCCAGGAGACUGGACCUGCCCAUCCUGCGGCUUCUCCAACUUCCAGCGCCGCACCGCAUGCUUCCGCUGCUCCUUCCCAGCCAUGGGCGCCGGACCGAGCGGCGACGCGAUGGGUGGCUACGGAGGCGGCGGCUACGGCUACGGACCCGCGGCCAUGAUGCCCCCGCAGCAGCACAUGGGUCACCAUGGCGGCAUGGGCGGUGUCGGCAUGGGCGGUGGCGGCAUGGGCGGUGGCGGCGGCCAUGGCGGCGGCCGCAUGGGUGGUGGUGGUGGCGGCGGCGUCGUUCCUUUCCGCGCUGGGGACUGGAAGUGCGGCUCCGAGGGCUGCGGAUACCACAACUUCGCCAAGAACGUGAGUUGUCUCCGCUGCGGCGCCUCGCGCGCUGGCGCUGUCGUCGUCGCGGACUCCGGAUACCCGUCCCCUAUGGAGGCGCCGUCGGGGUACAACAUGAACUCGCAUAGCAUGUCCGGUACCCCCGGCCCAGGACCCUUCGCUUCGUCUGCUGGUGGCUUUCCCUCCAGCGCGGGCUACGGCCAGCAUUUCCCCGGCCCACAGAGCACGUACGCACUCCCCUCCGGCCUGGGUGCGGCGACCGGCCCAUACCAGGGCUUGAACUCGCACUACGGCGGUGGCGGCGGUGGUGGCGCGCACUCUGCUGGCCCAUUCGAUAGUCGCGCGGCGGAGGCUGCGUUCCAGAGCGCUACAAAUGGACCGGCGGGCGGUGGGGGGAACUUCUACCAGCAACAGCAGCAGCAGGGGGAGAGCGAUCCGUUUGCGUUUCUGUCGUCGGGGAUUAGUGGGCUGGCGAUGAGUGGGGAUGUGAGACAGAAUGGGGCGGCGGCGGUGCCGAAUAAGUCGCCUGCUUAGGGUGGUGAGAGGG